ACUCGAUUCGGUUUGCGUGAACAAAUCCUCGGACGCAUUUUAGCUUUUUCCGAAUCAAAAUCAGUCUCUCAUUGGUCUUGUUUUUCGUCUGCAAUCGAGUUUACUUGAUUAUUUUGUCAUUAGUCGUAACAAGUUAAAUGUGAUAUCCUUUUAUUAAAAAGUUUUUAAAAUUAACGUAACAAAUCAGCGCAACAAAUCACCAGACCUUAAAGUUUUAUUUUCCUAAACUUGAAUAAAACAACAUAAAUAGAGUUUCUGAAACUAAUGAUACCUCCCAAUAGAAUGAUCAAUAUGCGAAAUAGCAAUUCUUUGCGCGUAAUUCAAAUUGGAAUAGCAGCUAUUCUUGUUUUCAACAUCAGCUUGUGGGUAAUUUUUCUGAGCCCGGGUCUGAAUGACGAAAGCGAUGAUUGUCACCCUUGUAAACUGGAAGACCUGGAAAAAGAUUUGGACUACCCUGGAAAUCAUCUUGCAGAACCAUAUUUCAUCCAGGAAAACCAAAAGCUCUGCAACAAUACAUUGAAAAACCCGAUUUUGAUCUUGGUUCCGAGUAGACUGAGAGAUUUUGACAAGAGGACUGUGAUUAGAGAGACUUGGGCCAACUUGGACUCUUAUUUGAGACGACCUCUUAGGAGCUACAUUUUGGCAUUCACGGUUGCUAUUCCGGCUGACGAGCGUGAGGAAGAAAUAGUGACUCAAGAACAAGCCAU